AGGGGCGCCGAGCCGACGGAGGACGCGCGGGCGGAGGCGCGCAGGAGGCCGCCGGCCCACCGACAAAUCCCACGGGCUCGCGGGGCUCCCCAGGAGUCGAGCAGCGGCGAAGAGGAGCGAGGAGAAAAAGGAGACUUGAGGAACAGCCACCCUACCCGAGACUGGACGGCGGCGCGACGGACGCGGCGGCCGAGGCGCCCGUCACCGACCGGCGCUGGCCAGUGGGGAAAGCACAGCCUCUCCCCGGCACCGUCUCUGCCGCCGCGCUGGUGGGGCCUGACCCGCCGCCGCCCGUGAGGGCGCCGCCCUCCGCCGGCGCCAUGGCUCAACCCCCGAAGGACGCCGACGGGCGAGCGCGGCAGGCAGUCGCGGCUGGGCCGCUUGACCUGUCGGGGGGGCCGGGCGUGGCCCGGCGGCCGGGCCGUUCCGGCACGUCGCCGCCGAGGUCGUCGAGCGGAGGCUCGGCCGCGCAGUCGCCCGCGCCAUCGGCGGCGGCCCCUUCGCCGCUGGCCGCGUCCACGCCCUCGCCGGCCUCGCACGAGGCCUCGCCGGAACCCUCGCCGGCGGCGUCGAACAGGUCCGCGGGCUCCCACAGCUCGCGCCCAUCGCAGAACUCCCGCACCUCCGAGCCCGUGCGCUCGAUCCAUUCCGGCUCGGAGAUCGCUCGUGGCAGCGGAUGCAGGCGACCACCUCGCCUGCCGAACGCUCAGACGCCAGCAGCGCGUCGGCCCCACGCAGCGGCUCUGGCGGAGGCCCCAGCGGAGCCCAGUGCGGCGGCGGGAGGGGUACCGCGUCUGCUGCCGACGGCGCGGGCGAGGAGUCCAUCUCCAUGACGGACUUGGGACUCUGGCGGCGAGGACCUGGAGCUCGUGGGCGACGUCGGCACGGGAGCGCGCAGCGCCAGCGGCGAGAGCGGCGAGGGCGGCGGCCACGCGGCAGCCCGGGGCAUGCGGGCCGCCGCCGGCCGCGCCGCCGCGGAGGAGGCCGAGGAGCUGCAGUCGGUCGAGGAGGACCUCAGCCGAUCGCACAGCUCGUUCGAGGGCUACACGGAGUCCGACCCUAACCGGAGCGGCGUCGAGGAGGCCUCGUGCGAGUAGUUGGCCCCGGCCUGAACGCCUCUGUUCCCGGGCCGAGCGCCUCUGCGCGCCAAGGGGUCUGGGGCACAUCGAUGAUGCCUCGGGGCAUGGUCUGCGAGGAUCCCCCCUUCUUGGGCGCCCCAUCAUGGUUGCCCCCGAAGGAGGGGGCUCCUGUGCCCGGGCGAGCGUCCGCGGUGGUCCGCGGUUGGAGAGUUUCCGCCGGG